AUGGCUCCUUGUGUAUCCCUUCUGCUUCUGGUCUUUGCCAUUCUUGCAACACUGCCAGCAACCAAAUCAGCACCCGCUUUUUUUCCAGGAGCAAGUUAUGAUCAAUCUUUAACCAAACAAACGAAGGCCUCAAAACCAAAGAUCCCACACAAGAUUCAGUACUUUCCUCAAGUCCUAGACCACUUCACAUUUCAGCCCAAAAGCUCAAAAAUUUUCUACCAAAAGUACCUUAUCAAAAGCCAUAACUGGCAUAGAGGAGCUCCUAUCUUUGUCUACACUGGCAAUGAAGGUGACAUUGAGUGGUUUGCUGCCAACACUGGCUUCUUGCUUGACAUUGCUCCCAAGUUCAGAGCUCUCUUGGUGUUCAUUGAACAUAGAUUCUAUGGGGAGUCGAUGCCAUUUGGAAAGGAAUCAUACAAGUCCGCAGAGACAUUGGGGUACUUGAAUUCACAACAAGCACUGGCCGAUUUUGCUGUUUUGAUAAGGAGUUUGAAGCAUAAUCUUUUAGUUUCUUUAAUGCAGAAUUCACCAAAAAUUGAUUAA